AUGGCGUGCAGUGUGGAGCUUAGUCUGUUGAAAGAAGAGGAAAAAGUUUUACUGAAGAUUCUCUCAAAAUUAAAUGACCAUCUCAAUCGAUUAAAAGUUGAAGAAUUAGCAUUACAGAGCUACAUUCGAAAGCAGAAAAAUGAGCAACAAACCCAACUGUUGCAGCAACAACUGAGCACUACAACAAGCACAACUUUUUUUGCUGCCCCACUUCCAGUUUCUGAGAAACCAGUUGAUUUUACUAAUGCUGUAAAUCAAGAACCAUUAAUGGAUUUGAAUGCAAAUGGAAUUACUGCUGUAAAAUCAGGACCUAGAGCAUGUGAGAGUGAGGAAGAGGAAGAUGACAGUUAA